CUAACUUUUAGUGCAUAUAACAUAUGAAAAGAAAGACUGCCAAGUCAGCCAACAUGUUCCGUAUCGCUCUGUUCGUUGUAUUCCUCGGAUUUUGUUCUGGUCAGAUGAUAAUUCCACCGCGGCCUCUUGGGUUCGUGUAUGGAAACGGAAGUAACGAUGCCUUCAUCCACCUAGACGCACACUUCGGGCCUUUGUGCCCUGACAGUAAGGCUGCCUUACCGAACCUGAAGCAGGUCGCGGACUAUUAUGGUGGCAUGAAACUCAAGCUCACCCUGCACAUGUUUCCGCUGCCCUACCAUCACCAGGCAUACCUGGCUGCAGUCGGCGGUGAGGUGGUAUCCAGCCUUACAGACGACAAUGAUACGUACAUGUACAUUGAGGAAGUUUAUAGCAACCUGGAAAUUCUCUCAAAUGACGCCACCUCCAACAUGUCAUCAAGCGACGUCAUGAAUACAUUGGGCGACCUUGCGCUCGCGUGCUGUGGAGUGGACAAAGCGCGUUUUCUGGCGGCCACCAAAAUCAAGGGCCAUGGAAACAAAGGCCCGCACCGCCUGGAAAUAUUCCGCCUCAACAUUUUGACUGACAAGUUCAUUUUUUGCCGGGCUGCUCUGUCUGUUGCUGUCCCUCUGCGAGCUCCCCCAAACCUUGUAUACGGGCACGUGCGCCGCAAUGGUGUUUACUCGCCGCAAAAAUCCCGAAUCAGGGUCAAGCUGCCCUCUGUGUUGCAGGAAACCCCUGUAGCCACGAACAGGAAGUCCGCCCCCGAUUGCAUGCCUUGCGAACUUAGAGGAAAGUACCGAAAAUCCGCGCGCCAGAGCCAUGCUGUCUCCGGUACCCCAAAGCUAAAGUCUUGGGAAUUUAGCCUUCGCUUUUGGGGUUUCUUUGAUGCUUACGUUCCGCACUGCUCGCGAGUCCUCCUUGAGAAAUGGGCGACUCGCGUCAGAGUCACUCGCCAAUGGGCCUGA